AUGUCAGGCCGUGACGGCGAUCCUCGCACCUUCACAUACUUUGUUGGCAUCGGGCUCGGUCACUCUUUGUCUCCCCCGCUGCAUGAUUUCGUCUCCUACUCGCUCGAUUUGGGAUGGAAGUUUAAGGUGGAGGAAUGCGCAAGGGUCGAGGACGCCAUCCGCCUGUUCAGGGAACCCACCUUUGCUGGGGGUGUGAUCACUAUGCCCUACAAAACCGCAAUUAUGGAGCAUCUCGACGGGCUGGAUGAGUACUGCGUCAAAAUCGGGGCGUGCAACAACGUCUACCGGGCUGUCGAUGGCUCGUUGCUGGGUUCUAAUACUGACUGGUGUGGGGUUGAGGCCUGUUUAGCCACGGCGUCUAGCAAUGGUAAGGGCAAACCAGCCCUUAUCGUUGGCGCUGGGGGUGCGGCCCGCGCUGCUAUCUACGCCUUGCAUGAACGCUUGAAUUGCAAUCCGAUAUACGUUGUGAACCGCGACAAGGGGGAAGUGGAUGCACUACUGCUUGACACCAAGUCUUAUGGGCCCAAUCUGUCGCUCGUGCAUCUUGAUACCCUCACGAUGGCAAGGGAUGUUUCUCAGGCGCUAAGUCCAUUUUAUAUCGUCGGCUGUGUCCCAGACUUCAAACCCCAAAGCGCAGAAGAGCUAGAGGGCUGGGAGAUACUCACCUAUUUCCUCCAGACCACAACCCAGAAGGGGGUCUUACUGGACCUCUGCUAUAAACCACGAAGGACACGUCUUAUCCAGAUGGGUGAUCAAUACAACUGGCAUGUGAUAGAAGGCAUUAUGGUGGUGGGCCGCCAGGUGCAAGAGCAAUACCGAUUAUGGUGUGGAGAGGAUAUAGCCAACAAGAUUUCCUUAGAGGAAGCCUGGAAAGUGUUACAGAAGGCUGCUGAGAAUAGUCGUGCCAUCAAUUUUUAAUCUAG